GUAACAGAGGGAAGAUGGCGGUGAGCGGCUGAUCUGUUGAAAGUGAGGUGAGCGGCAGCUGGAUGGCAGAGUCAGUGUAACCGGGGGCUUCUGACAUUCUGACGUCAUCCAACUAACAUCAGUGCGCAGCCGGAGCCCGGCAGGGUCUGCAGGGAUGUCCCUUUUCAAAGCUCGUGACUGGUGGUCCGCCACUCUGGGAGAAAAUGAAGAAUUUGACCAAGGAUGUUUGUCUGUAGCCGAUGUUGACAACAGUGGUUCGGGACAAGAUAAAAUCAUUGUUGGUAGCUACAGUGGAUUCCUCCGCAUAUUCUCUCCUCAUCCUUCGAAAGCUGGGGAUGGCGUUCAGGCUGAAGACUUGUUGCUUGAGGUUCAGCUACGUGAUCCGGUUCUCCAAGUAGAAGUGGGAAAGUUUGUUUCGGGUACAGAACUUCUUCAUCUUGCUGUGUUACAUCCAAAAAAGCUCAGCGUUUAUUCAGUCUCAGGUACCUUGGGAAAUGUGGAGCAUGGGAACCAAUAUCAGAUUAAAUUGAUGUAUGAACAUAAUCUUCAACGAACAGCCUGCAACAUGACUCAUGGCCCAUUUGGAGGAGUUAAAGGUCGAGAUUUGAUUUGUAUUCAGUCAAUGGAUGGGAUGCUUAUGUUCUUUGAGCAGGAGAGCUAUGCAUUUGGACGUUACCUGCCAGGGUUCCUUUUACCAGGUCCCCUAAGAUACAGUCCUAAAACAGAUUCCUUUGUUACUGUGUCUUCUUGUCGACAGGUCGAAAGCUACAAAUACCAGGUACUGGCUGUUGCAACAGAGGCAGAUACUAAAAAGGAGAAAGAGCAGCAAAAAAUGAGUUCAGGCAAGAAACUUCUGGCCGACUGGAUCCUGAACAUAGGUGAGCAGGCUUUGGAUAUCAGCAUCGUUUCUUUUAAUCACACGGUUUUCUCAAUAUUUGUACUUGGCGAGAGAAACUUCUUCUGCCUCAAAGAGAACGGACAGAUCCGCUUCAUGAAAAAGCUUGAGUACAGUCCAAGCUGCUUCCUUCCAUAUUGUUCAGUGAGUGAAGGAACAAUAAACUCUUUGGUCGGAAACCAUAAUAACAUGCUACUUGUGUACCAGGAUGUGACACUGAGGUGGGCAGCUCAGCUUCCGCACAUUCCUGUUGCAGUAAAAGUUGCCAAUUUCCAGGAUAUGAAAGGAAUCAUAGUCACACUAAGUGACAGUGGUCAUUUACAGUGCUCCUACUUUGGGACAGAUCCAUCUCUCUUUCAAGCUCCUAAAGUGGAAUCCAGGGACAUAAAUUAUGAAGAGCUGGAUAAAGAAAUGAAAGAACUCCAGAGAAUUAUCAAAGAGGCUACAAAAACACAAGAUAUUUUGCCAAAAAUAGAAAAGGAAGAUGAUUUGAUUUUAAUGGCCAAUGUUUCUCCCUCUCUUGAUCCCGUGUCACAAGCUGUAGACAGUGCUGUGGAGUCUGAAGCUGUCCCUUCGGUAACAGUUAAGUUCUGUAUACGGACCAGACUGCAUGUACAGAAGACUGUGCUCUCUAUAAAUGUCCCACCCUUUCUAGCUCUUACUCAGGAUCAAUUCAUUUUUUAUUCUGUUGAACCAGGAAUGUCGAAAUCUGUAAGUGUUUCUUUGUUCCUGAAAGGAAACUGUCCCCCAGAAGACUUGGAGGGAAAUGCAAUUGUUUCAUACAGCACACCCACAGGUGUUCCACGGGUUGCUCAGUGUAAAUUUCGUCUUCCAUUACGGCUAGUUUGCUUACCUACACAGCCAUCUAAAGCAGCAAACCACAAAUUAACAAUUGACACUAACAAACCUCCUGUAAAUCUGGUUAACCUUUUUCCAGAUUUUAUAGAACGUGGCGAUGAUGACCAAGUCAAUGUCUUGGGAUUCCAAUUGCUUGCCGGACAAAAAGUUACACUCCUUGCCUCUAAGACUUCACAGAGAUACAGAAUCCAGAGUGAAAAGUUUGAGGACCUUUGGCUUAUUACAAAAGAGCUCAUCAUGCGAUUUGAAGAUUAUUUCCGAAAGCAAGGCAUUAAAGACUUUACAUGUUCUUUUUCUGGACCAGUUCCACUGCAAGAUUACUUUGAGCUAAUUGACCAACACUUUGAGUUGCGAAUGAAUACAGAAAAAUAUGAAAAUCUGUUAUCUGAACGUGCUUUACAGUUCCGUGCAAUUCAAAAACUGCUGCUGACAAGGUUCAAAGAUAAGACACCUGCUCCACUUCAAAAUCUGGACACUUUACUGGAUGGUACCUACAGACAGGUUAUAGGUAUAGCGGAUGCUGCUGAAGAACUGCAGAACAAUCUCUUUCGAGCAUUCAUAAAGCUGAAGGCUGCAACCCAUCUGAUAAUCGUACUGAUUGGACUGUGGCAGAAACUUAGCAAAGAUCAAGUCAGCAUUUUGGAAUCCACCUUUUUACCUUUGCAACAGGAUGGUCAAGAAUUGGGUUGGGAAGAAUCAGUGGAUGCGGCAUUAUCUCAUCUCUUAAGGACGUGUUUAUCUAAGAGUUCUAAAGAGCAGGCAUUGAACCUCACCAGCCAGCUGAGCAUUCCAAAAGAUACAUCCAAGCUGAAGAAACACAUUACCUUAUUGUGUGAUAGACUGGCCAAAGGUGGCAGAUUGUCUUUAAGUGCUGAUUCUGGAUCUCAACAGUCUGUUCUCAUUCAAGGAUUCAGUAUGACAUCACAGGUAUCUCUGGACAAUGAAUAGUUGUCGUCUAUUUGCAGUUUCUUAGUACUGUUAUUCAUUUUUAAAGUAAUCCCACUCUGAACUGCAGUCAUGUGUCCUCACAUUAAGUACUGGCAUCAGAAGGAGGAAUCGUGGACCCUCAGAUUAUGGAUACAGAAGCUGGAAACUAACCUCAGAAGUAAUGCUCAUACUGUGGACUGCUUCAG